CGGGCGGCGCGGCGGGAACGGGGGAGGGGGGUCAGCCCUGCCCUGCUUCUGCCAGUGCCAGCCUGCUCUCCCUGCUAAGGUCACCGCCCUGCCCCUGCCUGGCCCAUUUCACAUAAGUGAUAGUAGUAAAGGAUGGCAGCGGUCAUGCAGGUUUUGGCCUUCUGUCUCUGACACUGAAACGGCGAACGGGAAGAGGAAGAGACACAAAUUAAGAUGGACUGAAUGAUAUGUCUCAGGAGCACUGCAGAUUUUUAAUUUUUUUUUCUUCAAAUAGCAGAUGGCAUUGCCAGAUUCAGUCACUACUUGCCUUUCUCAACCUGUGCAUUAUGCAAUUUGUAAACUUGGAUUUGAGAAGAAAGACACCUAUGAUAUUAAUAAUAUUUUAUCUGGAAAUGGGGAAGUAUGUUGGCAAGCUGUUACAGAGCAUGUGUGUUACCUUGAGUCAGAUCAAAGCGUGGAUUAUAUCAAAAGCAUACGAUCAUUUGGACCUGUCUGUGAAUCUGUUAAUUCGUACUUCAAAUCUCUGACCAAGGAGCAGUUUGUAAUUCAGUAUGUGUCAUGUUUUCACUGGACAAACUGCACAGAGGUUUUUCUGGACAUGUUUGAUGUUUUGCAAUCUACACAAGCUACAGAAGUUGCUCUUGGCUUAAUGAAACUAACAUCAUGCUUGGAGAGAGCCUUGGGUGACGUGUACUUACUUAAGGGUAACGAUUGUCCUUUCCUUCUAAGAGACUUGCUUGCGUCUGAGCAGCUUGCAGAUGUCUUUGGACAAGCUGUAAUGAAUGUACUAAGGGUAUUCAUUGGAUCUCCACAUGGUCUGAACCUUCGUAAUGUUUUGUGGCAUGGGUUUGUGUCACCACAAGAAAUUCCUACCAAAUACUGUGCUAUGCUGCUCUUUUUAACUGCAGGAUUGGGUCAAUUGUUACAGACCUAUCUUCUGCAAACUAAAGGUGUUUUAGUACAUCGAUCUUAUGUGAUCUUCACUGCCUUAGAGGAGUUUGAUGCAUUUCCAGAUCUUAAUAAUGAAAUCCUUUCCAUAGCUGAAGAACUAGUAAAACUGUCCCAUUUUGUAUUAAAAAUUAUGGUACCAUUUUGGAUUGCUGCUUUAACAGCUUUCAAGCAAAGCAGGUAUGCUGACAGUGUGAUUCUCUUACUUCCUCAGCUGGAAGCUGGGCUUAGAUUGCUCUUCACUACAACUAAUAAAUGUCCAAAUAGGUUGCUAACAGCAGAGUCUUCUGCUCUCUACACCACUUUCGAUGAGAUGCUAGCAAAGCAUUUGGAUAAUGAAGAAGUCAACCAGCUACCUGUAGUUCUUGAGGAGCCUGCCAUGGACUUCCUUUGGGAUUUCUUGAACCACCAGGAGGGCCCCCGUAUAAGAGAUCGUUUAAGCCAUGGAGAGAUCAAUCUAGAAACAUUUCCCAGAGAAAUAGCUAACCAAAUAUUUGGAUUUGCUAUUACUAUUCUCUGCAGAUUCUCAGAUAAGGAUAUAUUUUCUCUUAAGGAACACAUGGUCAUAAAACCACUGAUGAACUGUGCAAGUUGCUACCAGUCUCGAUUUCAUCCAAUUUCCCGACUCAAGAAACAGGUGCUGGAAUAUAUGAAGAGCAUCUGUUUAUGGCCUGAAUUGGAAACAGUGCCUGAGGAACAAGGACAAAAUAUUAAAGGGUUGGAAGGAAAUGCUGAAGCUGAUACUUUAAUUUUGAUGAUAUCUGAAAUUAUAUCUCAGUUGCAGCAUUAUAUGCCCCAGAAUUGCUGUAGUUCAGAUGAUCCUAUCAAUGGUGUCCUAACAGAGAGGCUGCUGGUCGAACUUUGUGAUACACGCAUUUGCACGCUGUAUUCUCCACGACCUGUCCUGGAAGUAGUGGUGGUACUCCGCAAAAUAAGCACGCAGUGCCAUCAAGUGUCCCAACAGGUUAUUGCCGGCGCUGGGCUGAGAUACACGCAGUGGCUUAACAAGACUCUGCGUUCUCGCCAGAGGCACAACUAUCGGCGAAUGCUGAACAGCAUUAAAUUUUUGUCACCAGUGUUGCGGCUCAUCUUACUAUUGAUUACACUGGAACUAAUCGGCAUUCAUUCAGUUUGUAAGAAGAAUCCUUUUGAUUAUCAGCAGUAUCUAAAGUUUUUGAAGUCAGUCUUGCAGUAUACUGAGAACUUGGUGACAUACACAAGCCCUGACAAAAACAAGUGGGAUGAAACCGUGGAACUUACAAGGAAGACUUUGAUAAAAAUAAGGAAAAUCAGUGACAGAAAGCUAAUGUUGAUGCAUCUAGCUACAUGAAUGAAACGGGCUUACGAUUGUCUGGGCAUUGUUAUAUCUAAACAGUUACAGAGACUUCAUAUUUGAUAAUCUAAUUCAAAGACAAAUUUCAUAAGUUAUUUUCAAAUUUUGGAUGCAAAAUUUACUCUUUUUAUCAGAAGGUAUUUGCUGAUACUGGAGAUGAAUUAUCAAGGCUCCAGAGAAUGGAUUGUUUGUCAAAUCCACUGAAAAAGAUUUACUGUGAACUAAAUCAGGAUGAUACAAGUUCUACUGUAAAUAUAUCUUGUGUUUUGUACAUUGAUUUUUAAAUUUUUUUGUAUUUUUUUGUUUCUUACUGUACUGAAAAAUACCUAAGAAAAAAGUGUGAAUAAAAGCUCUGGAAAUUUUUAAAUCAGAAAAGUAAUUUUUUAUUUUGGAAUACAUCAGCUAUUAUGUCAGAGACUGUGAUCAAGAGGCUAAGAAAUUAGGAACUUUUAUCAUAAAAUAAUGCUCAUUGGCAUCUGUGGUUGUUAUUAGUUGUAAACAGUCAGAUCUUGCUCUGAACUCUGAGGCAGAGCAGGUAACACAGUAGCAGUUGUUGAUAGAUGAGGAUUUAAAGGAACAGGAUGGAUACAGAAGGAUACUUUUGCAGGGUGUUUGUUUUGUUAAAUUUCAUCUUCUCAUUCCAAAACAUAUUUAGUUAGUUAAUUUCAUACAGAAUGAAUGUGAACACACGUGCCUAUGCUCACAGACAUGUAUUCGCUGUGGUUUAGAAAGUUACCCUCUUAUUGCUCACAAUAUUCAUUUGAAUAUUUUAGUUUUUCAAAAUAAAUUCUCCCCCUUUUUCAUCACCAAAGAGUAGAACUUCAAAGGAAUGCAUAGGCUGAAGAACAGAUUCACAGAAGACCACCAGUAUCUCUCCAUUUGCUUUCUCCUAUGGAGAGUAAAAUCAGAGGGUAAUGUCUGGAGAAAGUUUGGCUCUACAAAGGAUUCAAGUUACAUUUUAAUAAGCUUCUUUGCAGUGUUUCUUGACUGGAAAUCACAGCUUGAGAAUUACUUGUUUGUUUUGUUCGUUGUAGGGGAUGGAUAUAAACUAAGAUCAUCUUGCUUCCUUUGUGCUACUCUUGAAAUAUAUUGUGUGUGUUUGAAAUUUAGCUUUGUCACUUCCCAAAAAUUCUUUUGUUGCCAUGAAAAUAAACUAUGUGAAGAAGUUUGAAUUAGAUAAAAUAGGUUAAAUCUAGAAAUGGAGAAUAAUUAGUCUAAUGUAGUGUAUAAGCCUAAAAGUUCAGCUUUUUUAAAAGCCUGAGUCAGCAGAUCCUAAUUGUAUUUUUGGAGGCUUAUUUUGUACCCACUGACUUUGCUUGGAUAUAUUAACUUCUGCUAAGUGUGUCUUGGUAGUCACACUUACGGUGACACAUGCUUUGAUGUUGAUAAGUAUUCUAAGACAAAAAUAAUUUAAGUUUUAUAUAGUCAUUGUAGGAACAAGAUCAAGAAAUUACCACACAGUCAUGUUUUGAAAGUACAUAAAUGUCUGGCACACUUUCUCCUUUUGAAAGUGCAUUAAUGUACUAAAAGGCACCUAAUAGACUGCAGAAGUAUAUUUUCAACAACAUAAGUUCUCCUUUUGUUGCUAUAUUUAAACUUUGGUUAAAUGAUCUUGCAUUCAGUUUACUGCAUUUGCUUUACCUAACAUUGACAGUUUCUUCUUUCCUAAUUAGUGCCACAGAUUUGAUUUGCUGCUCUAAGUUUGUGACAACAAGCAUGAAAGAUUUCUGGCAAUUCUGUCAAAAAUGCUUUAUCAGUUUGUUUUCCUACCUCUGAAGCUCUCUGAUGGAAACACUGCUACCAUCUAUUGUUAAACAAAUCUGCAACAGGCUGGGACAAUCCAGUUAGUUAUUCUGACUCGAUGCUGUCAUUUACCAGAAGGGCUUAUGCAUGCAGGGCUUAUGGCUUAUGACAGCCCUGCAUGUCAUUUGCAUGCAGGGCUUACAGAUUUUUCCUGCUGUUAAAAGACUUGUAGAAUAAGUGUAUAUCCUACAAUGCACAUUGAAGAACAAAUGGCAAGAGAUGUUGUGGAGGUCAUUUGGUUUGUCCUUUAUCAGUUACUCAUUUUUCCACUUCAGUUACUCAUCUUUGCCAUCUCUUUAGAAUCACUUUUAGAAUGUAAGAGUCUAAACUCUGAACAAUCAGCAUUCCUGAGAGCAAAAGAAGCUUGGAAUUACUAUGUAUCUAGAUAUAUCUAGAAUUGUACCAAAAAAUGUUUUCUUCCAAGUGUGGUAUUUCAUCCAAGUAUUAGUUGGAUCUGAUUUAAUUGUUGGCCUUGCUCCCCAGGGUCUGUGUUUUCCUUGAGGCAUUCACACAGUAAAUCUAAAUACCUAUAAAUCUAUAUAAAGAUUUGGAAGCUGCAGCACCCCAUGAGGAAAAGUGUUGAAUUAUUUUGUUUACCUAGAUAAUGCUAAUGAGGGAGUGAUGAUUCAUAAGUUAGUCCAAGUUCAAUUCAUCAAUUUAUCAGAAUAUACCAAGUUGGAAGGGACCCAUAAUGAUAGCUGAGUCCAAGGUUAACUCCAGGCCUUGCACAGAACCAUCCCCACGAGUCACACCAUGUACCUGAGAACACUGUCCAAAAGCUUCUUGAACUCUGUCAGGCUGGUUCUGUGACCACUUCCCUGGGGAGCCCAUUCCGAUACCCAAAAACCUGGAUGGAGAACAUUUUUCUAAUAUCCAGCCUAAACCUCUCCUGGCAUAGCUUCAAGCCAUUUCAGUGUUUGUGAUUUUUGGUACCUUCUAGGGAGCAACAGGAUCGACUACAAGUUCUCUGAGGUGGGCAUUGCACAAUGAAAUAUCUUUUAUGGUUAGGCAUCUGUGUGUGAAAACAAAGCUUGUUCUUUAUGUUCUUUGUCAUUCUCCAGGGUGUGCUCUCCUCAAUGGUGAUAGGAAGGGUUAGAAACAGAACCAUGUGUUCUUAUUCAAACAUAACACCAGCAACUAAAAGUAAUUUAAACCUUAGGGUUGUCAUCACUACUGCAUUAUACAGAAACAUUUACGUAAGAGAUAGAGCCACAAAUGUAAUUUACUUCAUCUUUUAAUACAUCCCAUCUAGCGGUUUUCAAGCAGCCUGAUGGCUUUUGAAGUGAACACAUGGUGGCAGUGUUUGGUAAUUCAAAAUAGCACUCCAUGCUGACAUUCACUUUCUUAUCUCUUUUCUUAGGCUGUGUAUAAAAAAAUAAACUUUUCUUCUGAUUUCAUCAGUUUUGUUUAUAUGUUUCUUUAAUGUGUCUUCUGUAGAAACUUGUUUUCUCAUUUGUUUCAGAUCACUUUUGGAGAAAUUGAAUGCAUCUGAAAAAAAAAUUUUUUGGCAAACAUUUUAAUA